AUGGACGGGGACCUGGUGAUUGGGGGCCUCUUCCCUGUCCAUGAGAAAGGAGUGGGGAGUGAAGACUGUGGCAAGAUUAAUGAGCACCGGGGCAUCCAGCGCCUGGAGGCCAUGCUCUUCGCCCUGGACGAGAUCAACAAGGAUGGGAGCAUCCUGCCGGGGGUGAAGCUGGGUGCCCACAUCCUCGACACCUGCUCCAAGGACACCUAUGCCCUCGAGCAAUCCCUCGACUUUGUCCGCGCCUCCCUCACCAGGGUGGAUGGCUCCGAGCACAUCUGCCCUGACGGCUCCUACGCUGUCCAUGAUGACGUGCCCACUGCCAUCACCGGCGUCAUCGGGGGCUCCUACAGCGAUGUUUCCAUCCAGGUGGCCAACCUGCUGCGGCUCUUCCAGAUUCCGCAGAUCAGCUAUGCCUCCACCAGCGCCAAGCUCAGUGACAAGUCCCGCUAUGACUACUUCGCCCGCACCGUCCCACCAGACUUCUACCAAGCCAAAGCCAUGGCGGAGAUCCUCCGUUUUUUCAACUGGACCUACGUCUCCACCGUGGCCUCAGAGGGCGACUACGGGGAGACAGGGAUCGAGGCCUUUGAGCAAGAAGCCCGCAUGCGCAACAUCUGCAUCGCCACCUCAGAGAAGGUGGGGCGCUCCAUGAACAAGAAGACCUACGAUGGGGUGCUCCGGGCUCUGCUGCAGAAGCCCAAUGCCAGAGUGGUUGUGCUGUUCACCCGAAGCGACCCUGUCCGGGAGCUGCUGGCAGCUGCCCAGAGAGCCAACGUGUCCUUCAUGUGGGUGGCCAGUGAUGGGUGGGGAGCCCUGGAGAGCGUGGUGGCUGGCAGUGAAGCAGUGGCGGAGGGAGCAAUCACCAUCGAGCUGGCAGCCUACCCCAUUAAAGAGUUUGCUGCCUACUUCCGUAACCUCAACCCCUACAAUAACAGCUGAAAUCCCUGGUUUCGGGAGUUUUGGGAGCAGAAGUUCAAGUGCAGCUUCCACACGCAGGACUGUAGCCGGUACUCCCUCAAGACAGGCAAGUUUGAGCCAGAGUCCAAGAUCACGUUUGUGGUCAAUGCGGUCUAUGCCAUGGCCCACUCUCUCCACAGCAUGCACCAGGCACUCUGCCCCAACACCACCAAGCUCUGCGACGCCAUGAAACCCGUCAAUGGCAAGAGGUUCUACAAGGACUUUAUGCUCAAUGUUAAUUUUGAUGCUCCGUUCAGGCCAGCAGACACCAAGAGUGUCGUUCGAUUUGACCGCUACGGUGAUGGCAUCGGGCGCUACAACAUCUUCAACUAUCACCACAUGGACGGGCGGUAUCAGUAUCAGAAGGUGGGCUACUGGGCUGAGGGGCUCAUCCUCAACACCAGCCUCAUCCCUUGGGCUGAGACCUCCAUCCCUGUGUCCCAGUGCAGCGACCCCUGCAAGAAGAAUGAGAUAAAGAGCAUGCAGCCCGGAGACAUGUGCUGCUGGAUCUGCAUCCCCUGCCAGCCCUACAAGUACUUGCUGGAUGAGUUCACCUGCAUGGACUGCGGUCUCGGUUACUGGCCCAAUGAGACCCUGAACGGCUGCUACGAGUUGCCCCAAGAGUAUAUCCGCUGGAAAGACGCCUGGGCCAUUGGUCCCGUCACUAUCUCUUGCCUGGGUUUUCUCUCCACCCUCUUUGUUUUUGGAGUCUUUGUGAAGAACAAUGACACCCCCAUCGUGAAGGCCUCAGGCCGGGAGCUCUGCUACAUUCUCCUGAGCGAGGUCCUUGUGUGCUACAGCAUGACCUUCAUCUUCAUCGCAAAGCCUUCCACCGAGGUGUGCACGCUCCGGCGUCUGGGGCUGGGCACGUCCUUUGCCGUCUGCUAUUCGGCCCUCUUGACCAAGACGAAUCGCAUCGCCAGGAUCUUCAGCGGGGUGAAGGAGGGGGUCCAGCGCCCCCGGUUCAUAAGCCCCACAUCACAGGUGGUCAUCUGCAUGGCCCUUAUCUCUUGCCAGCUGAUCAUCGUCAUCAUCUGGCUGCUGGUGGAGACCCCCGGCACAGGCAAGGAGACGGAGCCUGACAAGAGGUACAUCGUCACCCUCAAGUGCAACAACCGCGAUUCCAACAUGCUCAUUUCACUCACCUACAAUGUCCUCUUGAUCGUCCUCUGCACGGUCUAUGCCUUCAAGACACGGAAAUGCCCCGAAAACUUCAACGAGGCCAAGUUCAUUGGGUUCACCAUGUACACGACCUGCAUCAUCUGGCUGGCCUUCCUGCCCAUCUUCUAUGUGACCUCCAGCGACUACCGAACCACCACCAUGUGCGUCUCAGUGAGCCUCAGCGGCACCGUGGUCCUUGGCUGCCUCUUCACCCCCAAGCUCCGCCUCAUACUCUUCCAACCCCAGAAGAACGUGGCCAGCCACCGCGUGGGCACCGCUCGGUUCAGCGUGGCAGGCGCCAGCUCCAGCCAGUCCCACGGCUCGGCCUCACAGUACGUGCCCACGGUGUGCAAUGGCCGUGAGGUGGUGGACUCCACGACGUCGUCCUUGUGA